AUGCAGUUCAAGUCCCUUGCAGCUGUGCUCUUCGCCAGCAUGGCCAUUGCCGCUCCGGCCGAGACAGACUCCAACCAGGACAUCGACGACUUCACCAUCCCCCAGUCCAUCGCCGUGGUCCUCGCCACCGCUGUCCCCAGCUCCUUCUGGGCCGAGGCUACCAACACCGCCAACUUCCUGUCCCAGGUUGAGGAGGGCUUUGUCUCAAACUCCUGGCCUACAUGGUACAGCAGCCUCCCUGAGAGCGUGAAGGCGUACGUCACCACCGCCGUCGGAGACUACUACCCUACCUGGGCCUCCUCCGUCUCCGCCGAGGCGACUAGCGUCAGCGGAAGCAUCAGCUCCUCCCUGGCUAGUGCCACUGGGUCUUCCAGCGGUGUUUCCACCACCACCGCAUCUACCACAGUGUUGACCACCACCUCUUCCUCUGCUUCUCCCACUGGCUCAGACGCCUCAUCAUCUGGCUCCGCCUCCGGUUCGGCAUCCGGCUCGCCUUCCGGAUCCGCUGGCUCUUCCACCUCUGACGGUGGCGCUGCCCCUACCGGUGUUGCCCUGAGCUUUGCCGGUGCCGUCGGUGUGCUCGGCGUUGCCCUUGCUCUGUAA